UUCUUCGGAACCUAUGUGUGUGUACACGAAUCCUCUUUCUUCUCCAGCAGCUCGCGCUCUCCCUGCUCGCUCAAAUGCCUCCUCGUCCUGCCAUGCUAGCACUGCUCCUCCUCCUACUCCCCUUGCUGCACGCAGCAGCAGCAAGCAACGGCGGCAUCGGCAUCGGCACGGGCUGCGCGCCGGCGAGAUGCGGCGGGCUGAACAUCACGUACCCGUUCUCCCUCACCGGCGCGCACCCGCUGCACUGCGGCUACCCGGCCUUCGCGCUCGCCUGCGACGCCGCCAACGGCGGCAAGGCCUACCUGAGCAGGACCUUCAGAGAGCACCUGUACCGCGUGCACUCCAUCUCCUACGGCAACGCGUCCAUGGUGGUCUCCGUGGAGACGGCGGCCGCCUUCGGGGGAACCGGCAACAGCAGCUGCCGCUUCCCGGAUUUCAACGUCUCCUCCGGCCUCGCGCUCUUCCCUCUCAAUAUCACCGGAGCUAACAACGAAGAGCUCGUCUUCGUUCACAACUGCACCGCGCCCCUCCCGCGGCGGCUCAGGCCGCGGAACGUGUCGUGCGGCGGCGCGGCGCAGAGGGUCGAGGCCUUCGUUCGCCGGAGCGGCGGGGAGAUGAGCGAAGUGCCGGGGAAUUGCAGCUUCGUGACAGUGCCGGUGCGCCGCGGCGGGAGGGAGGAGGAGAAGGCGUGGGAUUACGAGAGGCUGAUCCGUCGUGGCUUUGUUGCAGAAUGGCAGAUCCUGGGGGAUUGUGAAGCUUGUAGCCGCGGCGGCGGGGAGUGCAGGUUCGAGGACGGCUCCUUCCGCUGCGCCUGCAUCGACGCCUCGUCGCCGGCGUGCUCUUCUCGAGACAGAGGCAACCUGGGACUCAAGAUUGGCGCAGGAAUCGCAGCUGCUGUUCUUUGUCUCGCCAUCACGAGCGUCGUAUGCAUCAUCCACAGAGUCCGGAGGAAGAGAAAGCGAUCUGCAUCAAUGGCAGGCCUCAUCCGUGAAGGACCGCCGUUGGCAUCGGUCAGGAAGGAGUUCAGCCUCGCCGCCGCCGCCGCCGGCUCGCCACGCACCCACAUCUUCACCUACGAGGAGCUCGACGAGGCCACCGACGGCUUCAGCGACACCCGCGUCCUCGGCGCCGGCGGCUUCGGCACCGUGUACAAAGGGGUUCUCCGGGACGGGAGCACGGUGGCGGUGAAGCGGCUGUACAAGAACAGCUACAAGGGCGUGGAGCAGUUCGCGAACGAAGUCGACAUCCUCUCCCGGCUGCGGCACCCAAACCUGGUCACCCUCCAUGGCUGCACCUCUUCUUCCUCUUCCUCCCCCUCGCAAGAUCUCCUCCUCGCCUACGAGUUCGUCCCCAACGGCACCCUCGCCUGGCACCUCCAUGCCGACCAUGGCGCGCGCCCCCUCCUGCCAUGGCCAGCGCGGCUCCGCAUCGCCGUUGAGGCGGCCACGGCGCUGGCGUACCUGCACGCGCACCAGGUGGUGCACCGGGACGUGAAGACCAGCAACAUCCUCCUCGACGCCGCGCUCCACGUCAAGGUGGCCGACUUCGGGCUGUGCAGGCUCUUCUUCUCAGGCGACGGCGACGGCGCGUGUUGUCACACCACGGCGCCGCAGGGCACCCCGGGGUACGUCGACCCGGCGUACCACCGCCGGUACCAGCUGACAGACAGGAGCGACGUGUACAGCUUCGGCGUCGUGCUGGUGGAGCUCGUCUCGUCCAGGCCGGCCGUGGACAUGGCCCGCGCCGGCGCCGGCGCCGACGCGAACCUGGCCGCCAUGGCGCUGCACAUGAUCCAGCGCGGCGAGAUCGAGCGGCUGGUGGACCCGCGGCUCGGGUACGAGGCGAUGAAGAGGACGGUGGAUGCCGUCGCCGAGGUGGCGUUCCGGUGCCUGCAGCCGGAGCAGGACGUGCGGCCGCCCAUGGGCGAGGUCCUGGACGUGCUCAGAGAGGCUCACAACGGCAUGGCGGACUGCGCCGCGGACGGCACGGGGGUGUUGCUGAAGAAGUGCAGUGACAGCUCGCCGGACUCCGUCAUGCACCAGUGGAUCAGCCCGCACACCACCUCCGAUUGCAGCAGCUAGACACUGGCAGUCGACACAUGAUUUGGGGGUCAUCGUCUUGAUUUCGCAGAGGAACAGUGAAUUUGACAAUUGGCAUAGGCCCGGGACCGCCUAAAAACAUGCCAAUGCCCCAUGGGUCUGAAAAUAGGUGCGGUUUGGGGGUCCAAUCUGUUCCAGAAUUGUGUUACCUCUGCAGGAUUUCGGUAACUGCAGUCACUCCAUAGUUCACACAUCUUGGAUGAACCACGGUAAAAACAUCUAGAGAAGUCUUGUUAUGCUUGUGCCAAUGGUCAUUUUUCGCUCGAAACCGACUGCAUUCGAUGA